GUGCGUUUGUCCGAACAGGUCGCCCUCCGUCUCUCUCUCUGUCUCCGGUUCGCUGCGCGGUUUUUCAAGCUUCAAACACUUGCGCCAACUCGAGUGCGAGUGCGUUUGUUUAUCGUGUGGUGUGUCGUCCGCGCUGAAACUCGUAACAGGUCGAUGUGGUUUUUCAAUUGAGUGAACUACAAAUUCCAUUUAACUGGAAUAUUACGGUGCAGUUCCGAGAAAGUUUAAAUUCUGCAGGGUACAAUCAGUGGAAAAUUUCGCGCAGAAGUCGGUGGGGAACGAGGCGGAAAGUUUUUAACACAAAGUAGGUGAAGUGCCGUUUGCAUACUCGUUUCGAAUUCCCGAUUGUCAACAAUAUAAGGGAUCAAGAGUGGCAGCAAUACCGGCUUUUAGGUACCUGUCAGUACGCAGAAGGUGUCAAGUGUGUAGUCCGAAGUGAUUUUGUGUGGGAUAACAAAGAACGCAGCAAAGCCGGCUCAAUCAUGCCAAAUGCCAGUGCCAUGCAAGAGGUUCACGUGAAUGGAAGUGGGCCCGCCACCAACGGAGUUAGUAACGGAAAUGGAUACUCAUCGUCGACGACGAAUGGCACUAAUGGACACCAUUUGAACGGAAACGAAGCGGCAACACCAAUGAAGUGCACCUGCAAAAAUGGUGGUUCCAUGGGGAACAGCGAUAGCAACAAUAAUAAGGGACACGAAAAAUGCACAUUCCAUCACGAUCUGGAGCUGGACCACAAACCAUCGACCCGGGAGGACCUGCUGCCGUUCAUGUCCAAAUCGUACCGCAUGCUGCUGAGCAGCCUGGGGGAGGAUCCCGAACGACAGGGACUGCUCAAAACGCCGGAACGAGCUGCCAAAGCGAUGCUGUUCUUCACCAAAGGAUACGACCAAAGCUUGGAAGAGGCCCUCAAUGGUGCCGUCUUUGAUGAGGACCACGACGAGAUGGUGGUGGUGAAGGACAUCGAAAUGUUCUCCAUGUGCGAGCAUCACUUGGUUCCGUUCUACGGGAAGGUGUCCAUCGGUUAUCUGCCCUGCAAGAAAAUUCUCGGACUCAGCAAACUGGCCAGAAUCGUGGAAAUUUUCUCCCGCCGGCUACAGGUCCAGGAACGCCUCACCAAACAGAUUGCCGUGGCCGUUACACAAGCCGUUCAACCCGCCGGAGUGGCCGUCAUCAUCGAGGGAGUGCACAUGUGCAUGGUAAUGCGUGGCGUGCAGAAGAUCAACAGCAAAACCGUCACCUCGACCAUGUUGGGUGUGUUCCGGGACGACCCGAAAACCCGCGAGGAGUUCCUCACGCUGUGCAACAAUAAGUAGGAUGCCAGGAAAAUGUUAUCCAGUCGUACUAAACGAAAAGAUAAGAGAUGCGAUACAUUUUAGGGACGCUUUUAUCCGUUUAACUCUCUUAGCAGUAGAUAUAGGUGUCUAAGAUGGAACUCAACUAUCAGUGGUCCAAAUGUGUAUGUGUGUGUGAAAAUGUUAUUUCAAGAAAAAUAUUGAUUGUUAAUGUUGUCAAACGCAAAAAUAAAACAAAACAUGUAACUACUAGUGAGAUAGAGAGAGAUUGAGUGAACCAUAACAAAAACACAAAAACUAAAACAUGAUAGAAUCAGUUUUCCAAGGGGCCAAGCUCAUAAAAAGAAGCGAUCAUACUCUCAACGAAAAUUGCCAAUAAUUUUAAAUAUAACAUAGGCCUGUUAGCAUACAAGGGACAUUUUAACUUAGGCGAACGAAAUACGAUUUUAGCGAACGCGGCAAUAGCAUCAUGUAUUUUAGAGAAAGUAUUUUACACAAUAGCUCUGUAGUAAUAGUUGUUGUUGCCCUAAAAAAAAAAAUUAAAGCAAACUUUUAGUUUCAGUUUUGUUAAAGUUAAACAUUGUUGAUCAAAAAUAUCGUUUAGCAAUAAAAUUAUGUUUUGAUUUAUUCAGAUUUUUGUUACACUAAGAAAACUGUUUCGAACAAAGUUCAUAGCAAUACUGUUAUGAUUAUGGUUUCAUAACUGUUUAGUUAAUUAGCGCUCAAGCGCAUGAUAUCAUAAAUACAUGUUAAGCAUUACAGAUAGCGCAUAA